CCCCCUUCUUUCCCUUGCACUCUUUUCCUUGCACUCUCGUUUCUCUCUCAUUUCCCUCGAUUCGAAUGGCGUCAUUGCUGCCCGCAUCGACGACGUGCUCGCUUGAGGAGCCCUUUGAGCUGUGUGCGAGCGCAGACCGGGCGUCGCGCAUCCUCGGCAUCAGCCAGCACUCUGACCGCGCAUGCCUCCUCGUCACUUUCCAGGGCAUCGGAGUCUCCGUUUACAACAUCCACGACCAAAAGUGCACCCAAACAUGGUCUGUGCGUCUGAGCACAGAGUUUACCACACCCGCCAUCCAGCACCCUGCGUCGCACCACUUGGCUGCCAUCCGCGACCAGCGCACGCUCAUUCUGUGGCAGGAGUCAGCCACGGACAUUGAGCGCGCCCCGCUCGCUUCCAUUGUGGUUGACGCGACAAAGUCCCGCUCUGCCGCCAAGCUCGUGGCGCUGCGUAUCAACGGCAGCGCUGAGUCGACGUUCGUCUGCGCUAUUGCCUUCACGGACGGCACCCUCACCUUCUUCUCGUACGACAACAAGGCAGCAAAGCGCCUCAACACAACUGCUGCGCCCGUGCCGAACGCCGUUUUGCGCGACGUCUGGGCGAGCGGAUCCACCCUCUUUGCCCUGCUUGAUCAGCCAGCGACACCAUCUGGCUCGUCCGACCGACAGCUUGUCGUGUACGAGUACACUCUGGACACUGCAACGUCGACGUUCGUGCAACGCGCAUUCUUUGUCCUGGAGGCGCCCAGCAACCACGCAAGCACUGCCACGGCGCUCGCACGCACCGGUUCGCUCGACAUUGCCUCUCGCACACUUUCCGUGUUGUGGGGCGACGGCUCGCUCGCCAUUUACAAUCUCGCAGGCGCAGCGGAGAACGCUCGUGCCCCGUCUCUCGUCCGCAAACAACUCUUGUAUCAGCCUGCUUCAUCAUCAUCAUCAUCAUCGGCUUCCAAAGAGGCUGCCUCGUUGCACACUCCCAGCAAGGGCAAGGGCAGCAAGCCCGCUCCCAAAGCUGCCUCCUCCGAGAACGACACGUUGAGCGUCUCGCUGUUUACCUUUGACUCGUACGUGGUGCUUGCCGGACCCUCGACCUACCUCUCGAUGCACGCUCCCCAACCCAGCAAAACAGUACAGUGCGUCGUGUCUGUCUGGGACACGCGAUUUGGCACGCUCCAGGGUCUGACGGCGCUCGCCUCGCAAAGCGACGCCAAUUCCUCUAGCGACUCUCUGCUGGCAUUGACUGCCACCACUGGCGCGCCUGCUUGCAACGUCUACAGCGUGUUGCGGAACUCCUCCGAUGCAAGUCUCUUUGCACUUGCGCUCGACCGCCGUGUGCUGGUUUGCCCGAUUGUGACAGAGCCCUUGUCGUUGGCGUCCGCGAUUGGUCGCAUGACCAUCACGAGCGCAUACGUCGAGCAGUCCGAGCAAGCUGAUGCAGAUGAUGCGGCUGGCUCGGAUGCAUCUCUCCUUCCCCCAAUCGCAACCACCGUUUCGGCGCCGAUUGUGCGCUCCGCUCUGACCCCCGCCCAGUGGGAGGCCGAGAUUGAUGCCGACGAUGCCAAGGAGCUCGACUUUAUCGCGCGACUUUCCACUCCUCAGCAAACCCCGACACUGCAGUCGUUCACAACAGCAUUCAACGAGUAUUGCCAGUCUCGCGAGCAGCAAUUGCGGCACCAAGAGCGUCGCCCUUCCAAGCGCGCGAGCAGCAAUGGCGACGCCGACUAUGACUACACGGCCGAGGACUUGGAGGCCGGCUCUGCAGACGCCAUGGACACGUCGAGCGGCGCGGGUGGUCUGAUGAACGACGACAUGGACGAGCUGCAUCCUCGCCUUGCGCUUGCCGGUGGCUCGUUCUUUAUGCAUCGGUUCAUGUCGGCUGUCUUGCACCGCAUCAUGUCUGAAACCGCCUUCUUUGCGUCGGCUCCCUUGGCACUGAUGCUCAAAUCCGGGUGCGUGUCUGUCACGCUCGUCCCCACCUUGCUCCGACGUCUCACGGACAUGAUUCCAGCGCGCGAAGGCUUCAUCCGACCAGCCACGCCCAACAAGCAAGCGUCCAUCCCGCCAUUGCAAGCGCUGAGGCUGCUUGAACUGGUUCUGUUGCAUGUGCACGACCUUUCCGAGACGGCGCUUGUGAGCUUGCUGCGAUUCUUCCUGGAGGAAGCUGACGAGUCUGUUCUUUUGGCCUACGCUGCUGAAAAGGUUGACCGGAAGGGAUUGCAAUUUGCCGCUUCGGUCAAGCAUGUCAUUGAUUUGUUCCUUUUCUUAAUCAUUUCGGCUCCUCGCAACGAUAUUUACAUGCAACAAGAGCUGCGAUCACUGGGUCAUAAUCUUGUCGUUAUUUUGCUCAAGUUUUUGAACCGCUGGAUUGGGCGAUAUGGCAAGCAUGGCGAAGCGCGGUUGCACAGCAAAACGCUCGCGCCUCGUACACCAACGUUUGCUCAGCUCUUGGAUUGGGUCGCAUUGAUUUUGGACUCGCACUUUACCCGCGUUGUUUUCGCACAAGAUACCCACAACUUGGUGGCGGAUCUCGCUGCCACAAUCCAGCAACACACGCAGCUGUGCGAACGGAUGCAAGACAUGAAAGGCCAUCUCUUCCAACUGGCCGCCCACGGUCGCUUGCCCAAGCAACCAUCUUCUGCCCUUUACAGCAUUGAAUUGGUUGAUUUUUAACAAGCGAGGGUGGCUGUGUUUCUUGGUUGUUUCGGUGUUUGCGUAGUUGAAGCACAAAAUGUACGAUGGUUUUUUUGAAUUCCGUUUUGAGAGACUUUGUUGGCUGCUCAGACGAGGGUUUGCUAGUAGUUACAAGAUCAAACAGUCC